AUGCCAUUAAUUACUUCUGAAAAUCCUUUUGGUUUUAACUUAAAAAUAUGUCCUAGUUUAAGUAAUGAUGAAAUACAUCCUAAACCCUACCAAAAAAUGAAUGUUGGCAGAGCAUACUGUUUUUUUAGUGAAAAAACUGCCAUAGCAAUGAAAAUUUAUAGAGAAUUCAAUAUCGAUUUAAUUGUUUGUGGACCAUCAGUUAUAAUUAUCUGCCGAAUAAAUAGUUUAAUCCAGGAUAUGGGUUCCCUAAUUCCUAGCAACAGUCUUACAAAUGCUUCUCCUGAAUAUAAAAUAAUUAAAGAUUUUAUAGACUAUUUGGAUGAAUGGCAUGACAAUGCCAAAAAAAACAACUAUAAUUUUUUGACUGAUGACACAUAUGUAUUUUGGUCUAAAAGUUUCACUAAAGGCCACUCUAGAAAUAUUUAA